AUGAGUAAACGACAGAUGGACGGCUGGGUUAAUAAGAAGUGGCACGCGAGUCAUCUGUGUGGGAAUUGGAGUUGUGUUAAUGCGAAGCAUAUUUAUGUGGAGGAGGGGAGGGUUAAUGCGGGGAGGAAUGCGUGUUUUAUGCAUAGGGACGAGUGUAGACAUGAUCCUAGGUGUUUGAAGGAAUUAAAGAGGGAACUUGAUGUUUUCGGGAGGGUUGUUGGGGGUGGUGAUGAGUGGGAUGUUGAGGUUGCGAAGAUAGGGAAUUCGAUGGAGGCGAGCGAAGGGGAGAGAAACGGUGAUGGGGAUGGGGAGGAGGAUGAUCGGAUGGAGUGGGAUGAUUGGAAUGGGAGUGGAUUUUUCGAGGACGGAUAUGGGGAGGAAGGGGAGGUGGUGGGUGGUGGCAAUGUAUCUGAGGGAGACGAGGGGCAGGCACUAAUGGGUGAUGGUGGCGAUGCCCAUGAUGACGGUUGCGGUGUAAAUGAUGAGUGA